CCAAAUGAAUAUAUGGAAAUAACAAAACAACCUGCCGAACACAGCGUGCGCAAUAUCACCGCAAUGACAUUACAUGCAGUACUGCUUGCUGCAUGCAAGCCCGCAACGGCCGAUCAUGCACAGAAAAUACCCUCUCCCCUUCAUCUACCAACCACAAACUUCCUUUCCCCCCUCCAACCCUCCUCCCUUUACAUUCGUAUCCACCCCACCCACCCCUCCUCUAGUAGCAAAAGACGUUAUGGAAGAGAUAGAACAGGCGCAGAUGCGAGAUGCAGGACACACGUACACACACUCUAGAAUCUUGUAAACGAACACGGCUUCUUUUCUAUUCGCGCGGUUCUUCAUUCCUUGCCGCUCUCCUCCACCCACCCACCCACCCCAUUUCCAUCUCCCCUUCGCAAUCUUUCUUUCCGCCGGGCAUUCUUCCGAUUCGUCAUGUCUGUCUCCUGCUCUUCCCUUUCCUUCAUCUUUCAUCGGUAUCUAGGCACUUGCCUUGCCUAUCCACUCCAUCUUCCUCGGAUUCGUAUCGUAUCAUAUCAUGCAGUAUCUUGUUCUCGACUCGUCUGCAAGUUGGCGGCAGGCGAGCGGGCAUCAUCAUCGUCGGCGUCGGCGUACAUGGAACUGUCGGGUCAGGAUUUUGGACCCUCCCCCCUCCUCCUCCUCACCUUCCACCCCUAACCAUCUCCCCCUCCCUGACCAUGCCAUGUCUUGCCGACCCGCCGCCCAAUCUAGAAAAAAGGCAACGCAAUUUAUCGGUGCUUCAGACGCAGAGGCAGGGCCCCAAGAGCAGGCAAGGGUAA